UCUGACAACAGCCUGCAAUAAUACAACAGACAGCAGAUUAUGAUUUCAACAUACAGAGUCAUGUUUGCUGUCAUCGUUCUCCUCUGCUUGAUGUCUCUGAGCCAUUCAGCUCCUCUGGCCUGUGAAGACUUGGUCCGGCCUUUGGAUCGACUCGAUCGUCAACAUUUGGAGGGCAGAUGGAUUUUAGUUGCAGGAAGUCUGAGCCACCCACCGCUCAUUGAGCGAUUAAGACGUAGAGACAGUUCCACUGUUAACUUCUCCAACAACACCAGUGACGGCACCAUCUCCUUCAGUCGCAGCACACAUUUAGACAACAAGUGCUACUAUUCAUCCUACAACAUCUCCCUGGAAGGCAGCAGCUUCACCCAUGACGACGUUAACACGACCUUCAUCCACACAUCCUGCCAUGACUGCAUACUGCUGAGCUGUGAUGUAGAGUCAGCGAAGCGACAGCACUUCUACCUGUUCAGCAGGAGGAGGGAGGUGGACCAGAGGGAGAUGGAGGAGUUCAGAGCCCAGGUGGAGUGUCUGAACAUGCCUCCACCUGUUGUGAUGGAUCCUACCAAGAAGCUUUGUCUGGGAGAGACUGCCAGUGAUCCAGUAGCUCAAACUGAAGAGAAAACAGAAGGACAAAAAAACUGAGAGAGUGAAAAGACAGUUACAUACAUAGUGCUGAUAAACUGUUUUUUCAUAAUCGGUGAAUGUUUUGCGGAGACGUUAAAGUCACUUUUUCAUUUGUAUUUUACAAAAUCUUCACACACUACCAAUGUUCCACUGUCAAAACAUCCUGAAAGACUCGACUAAAUUCAUUUUCUCUGUUAUUUCAUUAAAGAGACAUGUCCUGAAAUGUAAUACAGGAUUCAACACACCUGUAUUUAACUUUUUAAUUUGUAACAAGAAAUAAAUUUGUUUAAGACAGAA